AUGACAACGCCACGCCCUUUGACCAAUAUGGCAACCAACCCCGAUCACGUCAUCUUCGUCGCCAGAAGCUCGAUCGACCGAAACCAGAUGACCAGCCAGAGAAGAGAGAGCGACGCCGACCUACGCAUCAGCCUCGAAUACACCAGAGCAUGUUUCGAACAGGCUUACGGGCCCAUCAGGGGAAUCUGCGAAUUCCACACCUUUGCCUGGCCUUCCUACCUCGAGCUCCCCCCAUCCAGCGAAACCGUUCGCUUCUUCGCCCGCCGUACCGCCGCCCUGAAUAUCAUGAAUCGAAAUAUGAUGGUCGUACUCAACGGCUGGGACGGGCUUACCUCUUGCGGGCCAACCUUCACUACGUUGUUCAGAGAGCAUGCUUCUCGAAUCACGAUUCGCGUCUUCGCUGAUCAACCGCGGUCGUUCUACCAGGUUAACGUGGCGCAGAUCUUUGAGCUGUUCGAUGGCAAUAUCCUCAUCAAUCCGUACCUCGAAGGCAUGAGCCAUGAUCUUGAUGACGGGGUACUGAGUAUUCUGGCCAACAUGGAGGCCCAGCUGGAAUACUCCACGGCGUUGUUCUAUCGCUACUUCAGGGCAUUCGGAGUGCUUCAACUCAACUAA